AUGAAGACCCUUAGCAUUUCCGUCUUUGGUGUUGCUGCCAUUGUCCUCUCGGGACGUUCCGUAGCCACCAAUUUCUUGAAUCAUAGCCAGUUGCUUUCCGGAUUUGAAGACCCCAACUGGUUCGAGCAGAACAUCCCAUUCCUUGAUGUUCCCAACUCACAGAUACAAGCCGUCUACUACUACCGUUGGCAGACUUACAAGGAGCAUCUCACCUACACCGGUGUCCAGUAUGGCUACAUGCUCAGCGAGUUUCUAACGCCAGUCUCUUAUGGUGCGCCGUACGGAGGCGUCGUAGCCGCUGCAGGACAUCACAUCAUCGAGGGUCGAUGGCUUCGGGAUCAGAGAUACGUUAAAGAUAAUAUUAAUUACUGGUUGGCUGGCCCUGGCACGUUCCCUAAACCGCAAACUGAUACUUACAAUCUCGACACCUCUGAUUGGGCCCACGAAUACAGCUUCUGGGUAGCCACCGCCGUGUGGCGCCAUUAUCUUAGCCUCGGGCUUUACUGGCAAGUCCCUGUCUGGGAUGCCAGCGAAUGCACAGCAGCAUCCUAUCAGACCAGCGAUCCUUACCACGGUGGUGCUGGCUAUAGGCCUACCAUUAACGGAUAUCAGUAUGGAGACGCUCGUGCUAUCGCAUCUUUGGCCACUUUGAAGGGAGAUACGGCCUUGGCUUCUGAGUAUACAAGCCGAGCCAGCGCUCUGCAGACGGCAAUGCAGAAUACUCUCUGGGACAGCUCGCGUCAGUUCUUCAUGCACCGGCAACGGGACAACAACCCCUCGGGAGCACUGCUCACCACUCGUGAGAUUAUGGGUUACUUUCCGUGGAUGUUCGACAUGCCACAAGCGUCUGGCAUCGCCGCCUUCUCCCAGCUGAAGGAUUCUCAGGGCUUUGCGGCUACGUACGGACCUACCACUACGGAACGACGAAGCCAAUGGUAUAUGUAUCAAGGCGCAAACUGCCUUCAAUGGGAUGGUCCAUCAUGGCCAUAUGCCACCGCGCAAGUCCUCACCGCUGUGGAAAAUGUGCUCCAUGAUUAUCCCGCGCAGUCAUACAUUACAUCGACCGAUUACUAUAACCUUCUUGUUGGUUACGCCGCAACCCAAUAUAAGAAUGGCAUCCCUUACGUGGCCGAAGCUCAUGAUCCCGACGCCAACCAGUGGAUGUACGACACUUAUAACCAUAGUGAAGACUACAAUCAUUCCACUUUCAUUGACAAUGUCAUCGCCGGACUCCUUGGCCUACGCGGACAAUCCAAUGAUACUCUGACUGUCGAUCCUCUCGUGCCGUCCUCAUGGGACUACUUUGCGCUGGAGAAUGUUGAGUACCACGGACAUCAAGUAACAGUCAUCUGGGACAAGUCUGGUUCGCGUUACAACCAGGGUUCUGGUUUAAGGGUUUUUGUUGACGGCACCCUCGCUGGCACUCGUUCUACUAUCGGCUUGCUCACUGUCAACGUCGGCAGUGCAGUUAUCCAAACCAUCAACUCUCAGGUCAACAUCGCCGCCAACACCCAGAAGUUCUCAUCAGGGUCAACACCAUUCGCAUCCUACACCUCGCAGUACGACGAUGUCUGGAGGGCCGUCGACGGCAUCGUGUUUCGCAAUGCCGUGCCCCAGAACAGCCGCUGGACUUCAUACCAGAGCCCCAACGCUCAGGACUAUUUCGGCGUGGAUCUCCGAAGGUCGCAGGCAGUUUCUAACGUCCGGCUGUAUUUCUACACCGACGGCGGCGGCGUGAAGCUGCCCUCGAGCUAUGAUCUCCAGUAUCUCUCUGGUAGCACCUGGGUCACAGUCCCCGGCCAGCAGCGGAGCACAGCCUCCUCGGUGUCAAACACACUGACUCAGAUCACCUUCCCGACAAUCACCACCUCGCAACUUCGUGUCGUGGCCCCCAACCCGGGCGGCGGAUCAGGUUGGGGUCUCUCCGAGUUCGAGGUGUGGACUGCAGCUGUCUUUCAGAUCAAUAAUCUGAACAGCGGCAAGCUCAUGGGCGUCCAGAACGCGUCCAAGACCAGGGGCGCCUACAUUCAGCAAUAUGAAGACAACGGCACCCGGGAUCAUUUGUGGCAGUUUGUCAAGGCGCCUGGAGGCUGGUACAAGAUCCAGAACCUCAACAGCGGGCUCCUGCUGGCCGUCGAAGGCCAGUCAACGUCCAACAGUGCGCGUCUUCAGCAGUUGCAAGAAGAUGGAACAGACAACCAGCUUUGGCGAGUGCAGUCAAACAGUGACGGGCUAUAUUUGAUAAAGAAUAAGAAUAGCGGGCUGGUGGUUGGAGUUGAUGGCGAGUCCACGGCUAAUAGCGCCAACGUCGUCCAGUUCCAGGACAACGGGACCAACGACCAUCUAUGGAGCUUGCUUGCGGCUGUGCCCGCUAGUUGA